AGAAUCGACAGAGCAGCAGGUCACACAGGCACGGAACAGAACAUAUUUGCUUGAAACCCGUUUCCGGCUUUUCAUACAGGCAAGAUUAGCUUUCAGCUUCUCCACCGUAAGCUCUUGACAGAUUUGAUAGUUUAUCAUGGCUGCUCUCGUGUCGGCCUCUGUCGGUGCUUCGGCUACAGCAGCUCUCAGGCAGAGCUCCUUUGUCCAGACUUCCUCCUUGAAGUCGUCUGUCAAGUCCGUCAGUGUUCGCAGCACCCGUGCUGUCCGCAUCGUUGCUAUGGCCCAACCUGAUCUGAAGAAGGAAAUUCAGGAGAAGAUUGCUGCUGCUCAAGAUACCUGCUCUGAUCCCAACUCCACCGCUGAGUGCGCUGCUGCUUGGGAUGAAGUGGAGGAGAUUUCUGCUGCCGCUGCUGAUCAGGCACUGAAGGAGAAGCUCGCAAAUUACGAAGAUCCCCUCGAGAAGUAUUGCAACGAAAAUCCUUCUGAAGAUGAGUGCAGGAUCUACUCCGACUAAGCUCUCUGGUGUAGUUGUGUAUUUCCGGAGUCACAGUUAGAGUAGCCUAGCCACGAUGUCCACAGACGGAUCUUCUUCAUCCUGACAAGAGCUGAUAGCUAUGCCUGUUCGUUUUGCUCCUCAUGAAUAACCUCUCGUUUGACCUGGCCGCAGUUCAGUGGUUGUGAGAGUAUGGUGGGUGGUUUGUUCAGAAAAUACCCUAGCAGAGACGUGACGUGAAGCGAGCAUCCGAGUCUGUCAGAGCAUGGCGGGUGGUACCUUUUCAUCCUGAACUUCGUGGAGAAAUCAUUUCAUGUGAAGACUCGGGGUGCAAUCCGCAUUGCAUGUCAAGGCUGUCUGCUAGUGUGAGAAAAUGGACGGAGUAAUUUUUUUACUAUGCUUGGCAGUUGAAAUGCCCUUGCCAGAUUGGUCGUGGUCUUAGGGCGGACUAUUCUUGGAGUAUUGAUGAUUACAAGAAAUGUACCAUAGUCGCUCAUAGAGCUGCAAGUGCUGGAGAACGGAUACCCCCUGUAAGGAGCUGUCAUGUAUAUUUCCCAAAAACGUAUCGCACUGUGCUGCACCUACGACAUCGUCCUCACCAC